AUGGGGUUUUUUGACCACCUCCAAAAAGGAGGAGCGUUCUCCUUGCAGGCGAAAAAGACGCAAGUUCGCAAAGUCGUCCAAACGAAACCAGCGGCGCCAACAAACCCUUCGGUCCAGAAUUCAAACUCUCGAACCCCUCGCGCCCAGUCCUCGAGCCAAAAGACACACGCACCCAAAGCCCGAUCGGUUUCCAGCGAUGCAGAUCCUCGUCCCUCGAAAAGACUGACAACCCCCAGUCGCCCACGAAAACGACCGACGCCCGAAACACGUCUGUCGAGCGAUGAUGACGACGUGACUGACAGCGAUACCUCCUUUGAAAUGCGCAAGCGUGCUAGGGUCAGUGCUAGUGCAGAACCUGACCCUGAGCGGCGCAUUCGCUCGGUGAAAGCAUUCUCAGAGGAAGCCAGUCGUCCUUUUAAAAUGGUCCAUGCAGCCGACAUCACUUCUGGUCAAAAGGCUGGCAAAUUCAAGCCGGCUUUUGGCGCUGCAAGCAAGCCGAAGGAAAUUCUUUUACAGUAUCCCAGCGCCUCCAGGAAGGAACGAUUCGAUUGCAUGGUGCCCAAAGAUAAUGAUGAAUUCCGGCCCAUCGACGACAUUGUGCAGGUUAUCGAGACUGUUGCAGAUCAUUAUAUCCCGAGUGACAAGGCCGCGGAAUUCAACGAUGAGACAACUGGUAUCAGGCGGCGGCUGCGCCGUGCUAUAGCUCUCUCGUCAGAGACUCAAUUCCGGGAGGCGGUGGAAGACUACAACAAGUUGGUUGAGCGCCUGAGGAUCGACGGUCACAUUGCGAAAACCUUGGACGAAACCCACCGCAUGGGCUUACCCUGGGUGGAACGGAUUCUCAACCAGACCUAUGCGCGGACGGUUUCCCCUCGGGUCGAGUCUUUACGACAGUACGAGAACGGCACGGACAACGUCUACGGUGAAUUACUCCCUCGAUUUAUCAGCGAUAUAUUCAAAGAGACCAAACUCAAGUCUGGUCACGUGUUCGUUGACCUCGGCUCCGGCGUGGGCAACGUAGUCCUCCAAGCGGCGCUUGAGAUCGGUUGCGAGAGCUGGGGGUGUGAGAUGAUGGCGAAUGCCUGUGACUUGGCGGAGCUGCAACAGGCAGAAUUCAAGGCUCGUUGUCGACUUUGGGGCAUUCUGCCUGGCAAGACACAUCUCGUCCGAGGGGACUUUCUUGAGCAGGAGAGCAUUAUCAACGUCUUGAAGCGAGCCGACGUCGUGUUGAUUAACAAUCAAGCUUUCACUCCGCAGCUCAACAACGAGUUGAUCAACCAUUUUCUCGACAUGAAGGAGGGCUGCAAAAUUGUUUCCUUAAAGUCUUUCGUUCCGGCCGGUCACAAGAUCCAAUCACGCAACCUGAACUCCCCAAUCAAUCUUCUGAAAGUUCAGCAGAAGAAUUACUGGUCCAACAGUGUCAGCUGGACCGACGUUGGGGGUACCUAUUUUAUUGCCACAAAAGACAGUUCCCGCUUGAAAGCUUUUAUCGAUGACUCUACGUGA